AUGGAAAGAAGGCUCCUAAAGAAGGAAAUGAAAAAGCUCCUGGGAGAUUAUAUUGGCAUCAGACUUCGGGAAAAUGAAUUUGACCCCAAAGGAAGAAGGCAACUCACCUUUCUAGAUGAUAUGGCACACUAUGACUUGGCCAUCAACGUUGCUUUGCAAUGGCUGGAUCACUCAGAAGACUUAACUUGGCUGGAGUGGGAGAAAGUGAAAAUGUCAUUUCGGGGUAGACCCAUAUAUCCAAACCACAAAGAACGAGAAGCAAUGAUUUUAUCAUCUUAUGCUGGAAUCUUAAUGAACAGUAUUCCAAUUGAGGAAGUGUUUAAAAUUUAUGGGGCUGGCUCUUCUUCCAGUUCUGGUGCUGCCAAGGUUCCCCGAGCUCCACCUUUCCGCCUCUCCUUGCACCCUUUGGCCAUGUUAACAGCUCCCAAAGCCGCAGAAUAUGCCCGCAAGCAGAGUGUCAAGCUAAGAAGGGCAGCAAUGAGCAAAAAUGCCACCAGCAUUUCUACAAGGAAAGCAAAUGCCACGGAAUGGAAAUCAUCAAAAAAUUUAUCUUUGGACACACAGCCAAAGAACAAAAUCACCUUCUACGAGGACCGGGGCUUCCAGGGCCGCCGCUACGAGUGCAGCAGCGACUGCCCCAACCUGCAGCCCUACUUCAGCCGCUGCAACUCCAUCCGCGUGGACAGCGGUUGCUGGAUGAUCUACGAGCAGCCCAACUUCCAGGGCCACCAGUACUUCCUGCGGCGCGGUGACUACGCCGACUACCAGCAGUGGAUGGGCCUCAGCGACUCCGUCCGCUCCUGCCGCGCUAUUCCUUACACCAGCUCUCACAGGAUAAGGCUGUACGAGAGAGAUGACUACGGAGGCCUGGUGUCCGAGCUCACGGAAGACUGCUCCUGCAUCCACGACCGCUUCCGGCUCAAUGAGCUCCACUCCCUCCACGUGCUGGAGGGCUGCUGGGUCCUCUACGAGAUGCCCAACUACCGGGGGCGGCAGUACCUGCUGCGGCCGGGGGAUUACAGGCGCUACCACGACUGGGGGGCCGUGGAUGCCCGAGUGGGCUCUCUGAGACGGGCCAUCGAUUUGUACUAG